CAGCUCCGCCCAACCCGUUUCAUAGCGAGCCAACACUGCGCACGUGCAGAAGCCGAAGGCUCUGUGCACCGAAGCCGUCCGUCUUUGCAUUAGAGAGCUUAUUCAGGAACAUCAAUAUUAGUAUGGUGGCUGUUUGAAAAGAAAAGACCAAAAAAGAAGAAGUAGGAAGAUGGCCCAGAAAGACACACUUCUGCAUCUUUUUGCUGGAGGGUGUAGUGGUACAGUGGGAGCCAUCGUGACCUGCCCCUUGGAGGUGUUAAAGACACGACUGCAAUCCUCUGGACUUACCCUCCGACCCGUCUUCCAAGUCCAGCUUGGCACCCUUAGUGGGACCGGGGUCAUCCGACCAGGCACUGUUACGCCUGGGCUGUUGCAAGUCUUACGAUCAAUCCUCGAGAAAGAGGGGCCAAGAUCUCUUUUCCGUGGUCUGGGGCCAAAUCUUGUUGGUGUGGCUCCCUCACGAGCCAUUUACUUUGCUGCAUAUUCCAAGGCCAAAGAGCUUUUCAAUGGGAUGCUGGUUCCCAAUAGUGGUGCUGUACACAUGUCCUCUGCUGGUAUCGCAGCUUUUGUGACAAACUCCCUGAUGAAUCCCGUCUGGAUGGUCAAGACCAGGAUGCAGCUAGAGAAAAAAGCCAGAGGAGAGAAAAAGAUGAAUGCCUUGCAAUGCGCCCGCCACGUUUACAAAACGGAGGGCGUUCGUGGCUUCUACCGCGGCCUGACGGCAUCCUACGCCGGAAUCUCCGAGACCAUGAUCUGCUUCCUCAUCUAUGAGACGCUCAAGAAGCGGCUCGCCGACCACCAGCUGGCCUCCCCGAACAGCGAAAAUGAGAAAAGAGCGUCUGACUUCCUGCGCUUGAUGAUGGCAGCUGCUUUCUCAAAGGGCUGCGCGUCCUGCAUAGCCUACCCACAUGAGGUGAUUCGGACAAGGCUGCGUGAGGAAGGCAGCAAGUACAAGUAUUUCUUUCAGACCGGGAGGUUAAUAGCUUUGGAAGAAGGCUACGCUGCUUUUUAUAGAGGACUCAUUCCACAGCUAAUUAAGCAAAUCCCCAACACGGCCAUCGUCCUGUCUACAUAUGAACUCAUUGUCCAUUUACUGGGAGAGUCCAAGUGAAAAAAAGGGAUUUUUUUUUUUUUUUUCGGCAAAUGUUGAAUGCCACAUCAUGGCUGGACACACUUUAAAAGUUUGAAUUGCAGCACGUUCGUGUAAGUGUGGUGCCUGAGAGACUGCUAUUUUGGACCUGAAGCGACUUGAUCUGUUAUCUCUAGAACACAUUGUUUAUCAGAAGAGAGCAACAAGUUGCUAACCUGUGUGGGGGGGAAAAAAGGCCAUCUUCUCUGAUUACUUGUGUUAAGUUAACUAAAUUAUUUUGUGUUUUCUUAUUUCAGGUCAAUUUCCUUUACAUUAUUAGUGAUAAGAGAAUUUGCUUACAUGAGAAUAGAGGUUGGCUCAUGUAGUUAUGAAGGGAAGUGAUUCAGCUAUCAGUGCUAUUUGUAGCGCUGUUGGACACCUUCCAAUAAACACCAUUUUGGGACAAUACAGCACGCUUGUCAAGUUAAAUUUAUAGAGAACCGUGUCAUAUUUUUCUUUAAUAUAUAUAUAUAUCUUUAAAUACAUUUACUUGCUAACCUCUUAAUUUUUUGUGAAAAAAGGAUGGUUACAUUUUAUUUCGAAUAAGACAACGUUGAUGCUCAUUUGACAAGUGAGUCAAUAAAAUGCAUCGAGACAAUGAUAAUGUGUUUUUUGUAGUGAUCGAGACUUUGAAAUGUGUACCAUACAAAGACGUCGUCAUUAAGAUGCUAUAACUUUGACCAGACACAUUUUCUUUUUGAAUUUUUGAUAAAUUAUUAUGACUAUUUGCUUUUAACAAAAUGCUCUUAUCAAUCCUGUCAUUUCUACGUAUGUUAUGCGUACAAACAUCUGCAUGUUGUUUGGAGAUCUAUAAACUGUGGGGUUGAUACGAAA